UUCGACUUAUGGUCAGUUACGAAAAGAACCAUGAAAGUCUUGGGUGUACUAGCAUUAGCAUUGGCUUGUGUUUCGGCCGCCAUCAUACCCGAAACUCCAGUAUUUCUUAAAGACUUUAAAAGAACUAAAGCUAUCGAAGGACGUAUUAUUAAUGGUAGUCCAGCUCAUCCCGGUCUAUUUCCUUAUCAAGUUGGUCUAUCACUUGAUGAUGCAUAUGGAGCAUUUUGGUGUGGUGGUUCUUUAAUUGGUAAAGAAUGGGUAUUGACUGCUGCCCAUUGUACAAAUGGUGUUUUAGCUGGAAUCGUGUAUUUGGGAAGCACUGAACGCUCAGUUGCUGAAGUCACAUACACUAUAGACUCAAGAGCUAUAUAUCAACAUAAAGACUUCGAUUCCACUACUUUGGCUAAUGAUAUCUCUUUAAUCAAAAUUCCUGAAGUUGCCUACAGCAAAUUGAUUCAACCUGUCAAAUUACCAGCUAUGUCCAACUCAUAUCCAACAUUUACCGGAGAUUAUGCCCUUGCAAGUGGUUGGGGAGCUGAUCGUGACUUUGGAUGGCCUGUUGACACAUUGAGUUACGCCUAUUUCAUAGUCAUGAGUAAUGCUGAGUGUGCUCAAACUUAUGGUUCUCUUAUUACUAGCAAAAUACUUUGUAUUGCGACUACUAGCGGUUAUUCCACUUGCCAAGGAGACUCUGGCGGCCCAUUGGUUUUAGACUCGACAAAAGAACUUAUUGGUGUUACAUCUUUCACUUCAACACUUGGUUGCGAAGCUGGUUCACCAGGUGGUUUUGCUCGUGUAACCAGUUAUUUGGAUUGGAUCAAGACGAACACCGGCAUUUCCUACUAAUUAAUUUAAUGGAAUUUUAAAAUUUUUUAAAGUAUUAAAUUAUCAUGAAAUAAAAUUUACUAUGUAUAAAAAAA